CGGGAACACGCGAAUGCGCUAUCGUGUGCCAGAGGGGCAUAGAGUGAGCAGUGGCAUAUAAAUAAAGCAUCCUGUGCCGUUAAGAUGUCAACCACGCUAUCCGAAUAUACGAUUGGGGGUGUUAAAAUCCUGUUUCCAUGUAAAGCCUAUCCUUCUCAGCUUGCCAUGAUGAAUUCCAUCAUGAGAGGAUUAAACGGCAAGCAACACUGUUUAUUGGAAAGUCCUACAGGAAGUGGAAAAAGUUUAGCGCUGCUGUGUUCUGCCCUUGCAUGGCAGCAAACUCUGUAUGGGAAACCAGCAGAUGAAGGGACAAAUGAGAAAGACUGGAAAAAACCACAAGCCGUAACAUGUUUCUGCUUAUGCCAUUCCAAAUAUACGAAUCAAAGCAAAUCGGAUUCUUCUACUAAUAACGUUUUUGCAACAAGUCAUAUUAACGAUAACCUUAAUAACAAAGCAACAUUAGCUUCUAAACUCUCUGCAAAGAAGCAAGCCUUUGCUGAGGAUCAGGAUGAUGAUUUCCAAUCUGAAAAGAAAAGAAUCCGACAGUCCCAAAAUGAGCCGCAGGCAAAAAAACGACACUGUUACGAGAAAGGUGUGCAGUUUAUUGAUGAUGACGACCUACAUAAAAAUAAUCUAGAGUCAGACUGUUACAGGCGGAUGAAUGACGGUGUACAUGUUUACCAUGAAAAUCCUGAAGUCUCCACUGCCAAUUAUUUUCCUGAAACUUGUGAACUUUGUUUCUGUGGGCGUACCAAAGAGCAUGAUAAAACAGACGAAAAUGGCAAGAAGAAGGAAAAUGGGGAGCGACAGAGAGUGCCCAAAAUAUAUUUUGGUACACGAACGCACAAACAGAUAGCACAGAUUACUAAGGAGUUGCGUAGAACAGCUUAUUCGGGUGUCCGUAUGACUAUAUUGUCAAGCAGAGAUCACACUUGUGUCCACCCUGAGAUUCACAGUAACAGAAAUGAGAAAUGCAAGGAACUUCUUGAGGCUAAAGACGGACGCACUUGCCGAUACUUCCAUGGUGCACACAAAAUGAGUGAGCAGGCUGUUCUUCAGUAUAGUCUUGGAGUUAAUCAGGCUUGGGACAUUGAAGAACUUGUAGGAUUAGGCAAGAAACUACGUUCAUGUGCUUACUUUGCUGCUCGUGAAUUAAUGAAGGAAGCAGAUAUUGUUUUCUGUCCUUAUAACUAUCUUUUGGACUCUCAAAUUAGAGAAAAUAUGGAGAUAGGCCUGAAAGAACAAGUAGUAAUUCUAGACGAAGCCCACAACAUUGAGGACUGUGCUCGAGAAUCUGCUAGUUUUCGUGUGACAGACACUGAGCUGACUUUUGCACGUGAUGAAAUAGACAGUAUGGUGAAUCAUAAAAUAAGAGUCCAUGAUCAUGAGCCUUUGAGAGCUGUAUGCUAUAGUUUGUCAAAUUGGAUGAAGGAGUGCUCCGAUCAGCUCGUUGAAAGAGAAUUUGAAUCAUCAUAUAAAGUAUGGGAUGGCAAAGAAAUCCUUGACAUUUUUCAUGUCAUGGGCAUAACAAAUGCAACAUUCCCCCUUUUACUGGCGAAUCUUGCUGCUGUCACAGAAAAAGAAGAGAAGGUAACUGUGAUUCACGGACAGGAAAAUGUAUUUACAAUUCCUACAGUCAGCCCCCCAACACAAAUGGUACUUAAAGGACUAUUUAUGGUGCUCGGUUAUCUCUUUCGACAGAACAGCAGAUUUGCAGACGAUUACAGAAUUGCCCUGCAGCAGUCCUACACCUGGGGAAGUAAGCAGGAUAUUAUUGAUGAAAAUGGCUUCUUUGCAAGACCUAGAAACAGAAGAAAUGCGCGACAGAAGACACUGGUCUAUACCCUGAAUUUCUGGUGCCUCAAUCCAGCUGUGGCCUUUUCUGAUCUAAGUGAUGCUGCUCGCACAAUUGUUCUCACAUCAGGUACCUUGUCUCCGAUGGACUCUUUCUCUUCUGAACUAGGUGUAAAGUUUUCUAUCCAGCUGGAGGCAAACCAUGUUAUUCAUAAAUCCCAGGUCUGGGUUGGCACUGUUGGUGCAGGUCCAAAAGGCAGAAAACUAUAUGCAACAUUUCAACAUACAGAGACAUUUGAUUUUCAGGAUGAAGUUGGGGAUGUUUUGCUCUCUGUGUGCCAAACUGUAAGCAAGGGGGUGCUUUGUUUCCUUCCCUCUUACAAGAUGUUGGACAAAUUAAAAGACCGAUGGAUGCACACUGGGCUGUGGCAAAAUCUGGAGAGGAUCAAAACGGUUAUUAAAGAACCACAAGGAGGGGACAAGACUGAUUUUGACAAAUUACUGCAGAUGUAUUAUGAUGCAAUACGUUAUCAGGAUGAGAAAGAUGGUGCUCUCCUUAUUGCUGUGUGCAGAGGGAAAGUGAGUGAAGGACUAGAUUUCUCUGAUGACAAUGCCCGGGCUGUGAUUACUGUAGGAAUUCCUUUUCCUAAUGUCAAAGACCUUCAGGUUGAGCUGAAGAGAAAGUAUAAUGAUCAGCAUGCAAAAACAAGAGGACUUCUGCCAGGCAGCCAUUGGUAUGAAAUCCAGGCGUAUCGUGCCCUGAACCAAGCCCUGGGAAGGUGCAUCCGUCAUAAGAAUGAUUGGGGUGCCCUAAUUUUAGUUGAUGACCGCUUUAGAAGCAAUUCUAAAUAUAUCGCUGGUUUGUCAAAAUGGGUCCGUCAGUUAGUACAGCACCACUCCACGUUUAACCGUGCUGUGGAAUCGUUAAUGGAAUUUUCUACAAAUCAGCAGAAGAGAGAAAGUUUGACCAGGGAGGAUGAAUCUCUUCAGGGGCCAUCAACGUCUUAUAGCAGCACAUCACUAAAUUCUUCUUUGAUGGAUAUCACAGUCCAUCCUUCCCCGUAUGUCCCUGAAUCUACACAGAUUGCAUCUACACAGAAUUCUGCACAAACUGCACCAGUGCUCACGAUACCGUGCAGCCCAAUCCAAGCAACACUUGUGGAGGACGUCCAACCGAAGAGUAAAUGUGAUUUUGACAGUGACAGAGAAAAAUCUCAGUACAGAAACGAGAGAUGGGACAAGGCAAUGCCAAUAUGGAAGAAGUAUGCUUUGGCUGGCAAAAAAAAACGUGAAAGUCAUUUUGACAGUGACCGAGAAAAAACUCAGUACGGAAACGAGAGAUGGGACAAGGCAAUGCCAAAAUGGAAGAAGUUUGCUUUGGCUGGCAAAAAAAAACGUGAAAGUGGGUCAAAUCAAAGGGAAUCGUUCUAUAAAUAUUUCACAAGUAACCCCCUCACAUCAACACCGGUACCUGGUUCAUCCAAGAAUUCUGCUUACAUGGCCAUUGACUGCUGUAAAAUAGAUGAGGACAGAUCUGAAUUAACAAACAGAGGCACAUGUGAAAACGAAGCUAAGGAACCAAAACAUUCAUCCAUAAUACUGGAAGAAGAUGGCAAUGAAAUUUGCAUGGAAAGUGUGCAAAAUGCUGUCCCACUUUUCCAUAAGAAUGCAAAUAUCAGUGUUCUUUCACCACCUGACAGCAUGGUAACAGCAGUUACUGACAUAACUGAAACAGAAAAUGAUACAAAAGAUACAAUCUACUAUACUCCAGAACUUUAUGACGACGUAGAUCAACAACUCAGUCCCAAACCAAAUGAUAUAGCAGAACUACUGGCAGGUCCAUUUGAUGAACUCAUUAAUGGAAGCCCAGACAAAAGUCAACUCAGCAUACCAACAGAUGAGUUAAAUUAUACUGAUGCAAAGCUACCAAACAUAAACAUAAAGUCAUCUCCUGUCAACAUGUCUGAAAGGGAGAAGAAUCUGAUAUAUGGUGAAAAUGAUAAAGAAGAAUUUGAUGUGAGACAGGCUAACGGAGACCAUGUUAAACAAACCAGGGAAAAUAGAAAGCACAGACUUUCCAGAUCUAGAAAUAAAAGUCUAUCCACGUCCAAUUUUGAUUAAUCUUGUAAUAAUUUGCAAAAUAUUAGCAGUUUGGAGGUUGAGCUAAAAUAAAUAUUACAAAAAAAUUCUAUAAAUGUAUCUAAAAUACUGCAGCCAACAUAUGUAUUUUUUAGUUUUUCUAUGUGCACCAGCCAUAUGGUCAAUGUUUAUAUUGUAUUGCUAGCAAAGAAGAAAUGGAUUUAUCAUGUAUGGAAUCCAUUCAACUCCCAGAAUUCAUCACACAGAAAUAAAUACCGUCAAUAGUGGAAUUUAUAAGAGCACCUGUUGUAUUAAUUCAGUUACUUUAAACAAUCAACACUACAUAAAAAAAAAUCCUAUGGAUUCAAUCAAAAUGUGUAGAAGGUGAAAUAAAAGUACAGGUUUAAUGACGAUCUUAAGUUGCAUUCUGAAAAUUUAUUUUUAUCAUUUGUUUUCCAAGAUUUAAUUUAUAAACAAGGCUAAAUGAU